CUCCGCCUGGCAUGUUCAUUUUUGUUUGAGAACUAUUCAAGGAAGUUAUGGUAUUGGGAACUUGUCGAGACCACACGAAAGCUUAUCUUUGCAUCAGGAAUGUUUUGGAUAAGUAAUGGGAGCAGGAUUCAUAUCAUGGCUGCAGCAUCCAUGUCAAUCGUCUAUGCAUUACUUUUCGCCUUCCUCAAACCAACGAAACAUGCAUCUGACAAUGUCGUUCAACUUACAUCCCUAACAGCAACGUUUGUUAACUUUUCGCUGGCGGCCUUGCUGAGGAUUUCAAAAGAGUCAUCUGAAGAUGCUUUCAGUGACGACAUUCAAGAAGAGGCUAUUGUCAGUAACUUCCUCAUCGCUACCAAUGCGCUAAUUCUUAUCCUAAUAAACUGGUAUUCCUUUAGAUUGUUGUAUCCUAACAUCAAAGCUUGGUUUCUAAACCCAAGAUUUUCGUUGGAAUGCUGCUUGGCUACGUUCGUUUCGUUUACUGAUGUAACAAGUAAUUUCACCGAUUCUUCCCCUGUUGCUAACAUAGAGCUUCCAAGCAUCCAGGAUACUUUGAACGACCAGUUGACUUUGGAUAUUGAAGGAUUCGAAUAUACAGAAGAUAUGGAUAAACUUUCAAAGACAAAUAUUCAAAAAUUCUUAAAGAAACGUGCCUGGGGCUCAAAAACCAAACAAGGUGAAAAUAGCACCAAACAGAACGAUGAGAAUAGAAGAAAUGCAGAGUCGAAAUAAGGACAUUACCUAUUGACGAUCAUUUAUUUAUUCCAUUAUUUUAAAUCUAUUAAAUUUCGCAAUUUCAUUGAA